GCGCAUUGCUCGGCCCUUUCCUGUUCCUGUUAAAGGUCGCUGUGACCGGCACGGAGUCUCCGCUCCGAUUUGUAGCCAUGUUGUCCCUGGCAGCGCGUUCCGGUGCCCUCGCUCCCUACCUCUCGGCCACCGCGUACCCCGUGGCCGGGCAGCUGAAGCCCCUGGUGUCCGGGGCGGUGGUGCAGGCGGAUAAAGUCCUGCUGGAUGUGAAGAGACCCUUCCUGUGCCGGGAGUCCCUGAACGGACAGGCCCCGAGCGGCGGCCUCUCUGCCUCCGCUUCCAUUAACGGUCCUUCAUGCGUCCGCUACGCGCACAGUGAUGUCACGGUCCCCGACUUCUCGGACUACCGCCGGCCGGAAGUGUUAGACAGCACAAAGUCUUCUCAGAGCAGCAGCGACUCCAGGAAAAGCUUCUCGUACCUGGUCACCGGUGUCACCGCCGUCGCCACAGCCUACGCCGCAAAGAAUGCCGUCUCCCAGUUCGUCAGCAGCAUGAGCGCGUCGGCAGAUGUGCUGGCGAUGUCCAAGAUCGAAAUAAAGCUUUCAGACAUCCCCGAGGGCAAGAACAUGGCGUUCAAGUGGAGGGGCAAACCGCUGUUUGUGCGUCACAGAACUCAGAAAGAAAUCCAGCAGGAAGCCGAAGUCAGCUUGAGCGAGCUGAGGGACCCGCAGCACGACCUCGACAGAGUAAAGAAGCCAGAAUGGGCGAUUCUGAUUGGAGUGUGCACUCACCUUGGGUGCGUGCCCAUUGCCAACGCGGGAGAUUUCGGGGGCUAUUACUGCCCUUGCCAUGGCUCACAUUAUGAUGCCUCCGGCAGAAUUCGGAAAGGCCCGGCCCCCUUAAAUCUCGAGGUUCCAGAAUAUGAUUUCCCUUCCGAUGAUAUUGUAAUAGUUGGAUAAAUAUUGCAUGAGUGUCAAUACCUUGCUGCUGAGAAACCGCUUUUAAUAUCACUUGGUGUUUAACGUUUUAAUAAACCGUCAAACUUCAGGAUAACACUUGUUUGAUUUCUAUGUUUCCUGAUCUGGGGAAUUGAUUCGUGUGAAAUAUCGAGUCGCUGCAGAGGGUGUUUAGAUGUCUGAAUCGUGUACAGAGAAAAUAUUAAAUUAUAACUUUCAACUAAAA